CCAUCUCCGCCGGAGUGCUUGGAUCUAGGAAGCGUACAGAACUCGCAUGACGCUGGUCACAACACCCGCGGCGUAGGUGGGCAACAGCGGCAACAACAGGGGACCCCGGAGCUACGGGUCACGGACCGGCUCCCUACGACCUCGCGCGAGGCGCAACAGCAGCAGCAGCAGCAGCAGCAAUUAUCCCCACCGGAUUUUUCUCCGGAGAACCCGGCUGUAUGUGUCGCUUUCAUUAGCCGCGGCGCACGACGUGGCGAAAAGUGCGGCAACAAGGUUGGAGGUAGGACGGCAGGGUUUUGCAAGCAUCAUGACGGCCUACGGAAACGCCGAAAGACGGCGUCAGGUGCAGCUCUUGGAGUGGGGGGCAGCGUCGAGGCAGGCAACUAGGACUCGGAGUCGGAGUUGGGUGGUGGCAUGGACGAAUUGCAGACUCCUGGCGCGCGUUCUUCCAUAGCGAAGUCCAAGGAACUGCACUACGCGCAGACCUCCAAGAUCGAGGAUGAGGGCUUCCGGAGAGCGCAGGAGAGUGUGUGGCACCUCAAGCGGAUCAAGCUCCCAAAACCAAAGGCUGGUGAACCACCCCCCUCUCCCAUCCCGGACGAUCCGAAGGGGUGGGGGUUCGAGGGACUACCCCGUGACGAGUCAUCCGACCCGUGCAAGAGGCGGCACAAAAUCCCCGGCGGCGACACGUUCAGCCUAUCGGACCAGCUGAAACCGAGUCUAUCGAAGGCCGACAAACAAGGGCUAGCUGUAUUGCGUUCUUUCGUCAGCGAGAAGGGUGGGGGUCUCCCCUUUAUGUUCUUUGAGAAGACUUUCCCGAUGGAGGCGCAGGACGUCGUCCUGAGGGAGAUGAACGGGUACGUCAACUUCUGCGCCGACGAGUCUGACCCGCCCCUGGAACACCAGGAACCUCGACAUCGGGCGAAGAAGGUGACGCGGGAUUUCAGACGGUGCCGUACAAGGACCUGGCGGAUGGAUCUCGAGAGUACGCCUUCGAGCGCAAGCACCUGUAUGCCCCAUAACGGGGAGCUGGAGGACGUGUUGAAUAAGUGCUGGAGCGAGCUUGUGGACCCCGGCGCAUGCCUAUCGCACGACGAGCAGAUGGUGAAGAGCACGGCAAGAGUGAUGUUCAUGCUGAUGAGGUUCAACAAAUCGAAGCCUAUCAAGCUCGGAAUCAAGUGCUGGGCUAUUUGCUGCCCUUCCGGCUACUGCUUCGUCCAAAGCAUCGACGGCGGGUUCAGCGGCGACAUCAAGCUGAAGCCGUAUGCGACUUGUCCCGUUGGGAAGUCGGCCCGCACAGUCGUGAAGCGCGCUGCGGACAACGGCGAGAAAGUGUCGAGCAGUCAGCCACUAGCUCGCAAGGAGUACGUGAAGAACAUGGGUGGUGUGGACGUCGCGGACCAGCGGCUAGGCGCCCACGCCCGCACGCACAGGCCUAUGACGUUCUUCUGGAGGCGUGUCUUCGCCCAAAAGUUCUCUCAAGCUGUCAGCAACGCGUGGCUCCUGUUUUACGAGUGGGCUGGGGUGCUAGCCAAGCAGUGUACGGUGGCGUUGGAUGCAGCGACCCAAGACGGAGAGGUCGGUGACGCCGGGGAGGCCGGGGAGGCCGGGGAGGCCGCGGAGGGAGGAGCAGCCGCGGACAGUUGCGAUCUCACGGUGGCAGAGCUUCGCGAGUUUCAAUCCCUCGUCAAGAAGGCCAUGAAGGUGGAGCGUGUUGACUGGGACCGUAGGCUCGCGAAUCACCUCAUGUCCUUGUGCAGUGUAGGUCACACUGAGACGGGGGCAAGACGCACGGCAAAACCUGUUGAGAUGUACAGCGUGAAAGGCGCAAAGUCAUCCCUUGUAUGUUAUGGGGGGCAUUGCGAGGAGACCGCAAAGGCCAGCCGCCGGUACAAGGGGUCUAGGACUCGGGGGGUAUGCUGGUGUGAUACUUGCACGGAUGGGUCGGGGAAGGACCGGGCGUUGAUCCUGUGCACGAAGUGCAACAAAGUACCAGCAGCGCAUGUCACCGCUAGGAAACAUGCCGCCGCGAGAAAGUACAAGCCCAUCUCUUGGUCGGAGGUGACAGCUGAGUAAUUUGGUGUUUAUCGAUUGUGAUGUUGACACGUGCAAAAAUAGUACCGGCAAGUGAUCAUGUCGCCGCCGCCAGGAAUGAUCGGGGUGUGUAUGUGCUCCUAGUUGUGCAUGUCGCAGUCCUGGG